GUGAACGAGCAAAAAAUAACUUUGAAGCAAGUUGAUGAGGCCGGUGAUUUAGUCCUCUAUAAGGAAAAAAAAGAAGCCGAAGAAAUUAAAAAAAAACUGAGUUUGCUUUUUCAAUUAAUUGGCAAAAAAGAAGAAAAAAAGUUCAUUUUACCAAAGCCCCCGCUCAUUACUUCUUUGUUAUUAUUUGAGGCCAAAUCCCAAUUAGCCUGGAAAAAAAAAGAAAAGACACUUAACGUUCAGGGGGCUCAUGAAUCUAUUCAUCCAACUUAUUUGGAUUAUCAUCCCGAGGAUAUUAAAAGUUCUUUAUCAGAGGAGGAAUACAAUUUAUACAAACUAAUAUACAAUCACACUUUGGCUAGUUUAAUGAGUCCAGCUCAGGUCAAUAAAAUUACUUACCGUUUUCUUAAUAAUAAUUACUAUUUUGCCACUGCGGAAAGGAUUUGUCAAUUUGCUGGAUUUUUGGCUUGCUCCCCCGAAGUUUAUUUUCCUAAUUAUAAUGUUAAGUUAGAGAGUGGAUUGGAAACAAUUUCCCAACUCGAAGCCAAAAAAAUUGAAGUUCAAGAAUAUCAGGAAAAUAAACCAGUCCGUUAUAAUGAAGGUAGUUUAGUCCAAGAAUUAGAAAAAUUGGGGAUUGGUCGUCCCUCUACCUACAACUUAUUCGGGCGAGUAUUAUUAAAAAGAGGCUAUGCCGAAUUAAACGAAAAGGGACAAUUUGUUCCUACUCCCUUAGGGAUUUCA